GCCAGCAAUUCGACGGUACCUGAGGGGCCUUGCCAGGGGCUUGUCUGCUCAAGCUGGCUCGGCGCAUGCCUUCUCGUUGAAGGGGCCAAAACGCAAUGUGAGUACAUCCAGCCAUGUACGAACCAUGUUCGAGCUCGGUUGUAUGCACGCAACAUCUGGAAGUACCAAGUCGUGCGCACAAAUGUGUCCAAACCCAUCCGAGCCGUGUGUGUUCGUGAUGUCGACACCUCGCUCUUCCACGAUGCUAUCGCCACCCACGCUUCUUCAUGCAAUCUUCAUCCUGGCUGUAGUCAUCGUCAUCCGGCGCUCCAGUUUGGUACGAUGACCUCCAAAUCUUCGGGUUCAACGAUCGGAUCGUUCUCGUGGAUUGGCCAUAGCGCAGAGUCUCUCGCCACCCAAGUCGUCGGGAGGCACGGCUAAAGUGCGAUGAGGCUUAUGAUUCCGAGUGGCUAGGGUACAAAGGGAACGGGAAAGUAGGCAGGUCCGUGACGGCCUACCCCGGCAGUUGGCGGUACUUGGCGCUGAAAAUCGGGGUUCUCCUGGUCUGGAGCUCAGCGGCCAUGCGCCAUUGAAGGUAGCCGCGAUGGAGUCGCAGUUGCGGUGGGUUGCGCUGGUAGUGUCGUCUUCGUCUCCCUUGACCGGCGACCGCGCUCCUCCGCCGUCUAACUCUCCGCGCUCUUCACCUCCCCAUCCAACGCCGUCACGUCCGCCCGUCAAAUCAGACGACACCGUCGCCCACCCCUACAUAUCCCUCUCCUACACCGGUCUAUCACACGAAGUUGGAUCAAUACCAGCAGCUUGCUCUCGGUCCGAGACGGUCCGGAGACCAGGCAUCCUGCCAGUUGCAAGCCGCCAAGUGCCUUUGGGCGCCUUGAAUCUCUCACUCAAAGCGUCUUGGGACUGUAUGUAUUACACACGGAUGGUAGGACGGGUGAAGGGAGAUACGUACGAUUCAGACUGAGGUUUCUGUCCAGGUAGGUUUGGACCCGAAGCUUGAUGAGAAGGAGACCAGAUACUCGCGAAGGCAAAGACAGUGGACCUCUCUCGGAAUUGGCUGAACCAUGCGGCGCUGUCGAGCGCAUCUUCGCCAUUCUCAUCUGCUUCAACCACUAUCCUUCCUAUACAGGUGCCAGGCGUUGUCCAUGCACGCGAGUGUCCAACACAAGCCUUGAUCUCCCUCCCAAGCGCGUUGUCAGUCUAUUAUCCAUUGUACAAUAUCAAAUCAUACAUCCCACACCAACACAUCUACGCAUUACUCAUCCUUACCAUCCGCUGCUCAUGCGCCUCCAGCGCCCGAUCCACCGCGCUCUCAAUCGACCGCGGCGUCGUGGACGAGUCCC